AUGUCUUCAUCGACUUCUCAAAGCUCUGGCCGAUAUGUUUCGCCUCAUUCAAGUCAAAAAACUUGUGAGCAUGGGGUGGACGUGUUUACGUCAAUGACUCAAGAAAAUCCGGGGAGGAGUUUCAGUCGGUGUAGUCGAAGGAAGGGCCCCGAGAACUGCGGUCAUUUUGAAUGGAUCGAUCCAAGUCUUCCUCCAUUUCAGAAAGGUUGCUUUGUGAACUUGAUGGGUCAGAAAAGGAGUUUGGAAGAACAAUUAAGGUGCAAAGAGGUUAUGGAAAAUCUGAUGACUGAAAGGAUGGCAAUUAAGGUAUCAGAGAUUGAGAAGGUGCAAGAUCUCUAUGAGCAAACUCAAUAUUUGUUGGAGGUUCAAACCUUGAAGUGUGAAGACAUGGAGAAGAAGAUGAAGAUUGCAAUGGACAAAUGUGCUGGUUUGAUGAAGGAUUGUUAUGAACUGAAUGGAUCAAUGUGA